AUGGAUACCGCUUCCCAGAGCUCGGCAGUUUCAUUAGAAACAAUUCACUCGCUGCUCAUGCAAAUGAACUCUAAACUAUCAAUCAUUGAAAAAAACAAUGUAGCUCUAGAGAAAAGACUCACAGAAAUUGAAAUGAAGAUGUCAGACAUAAAGACUAUAAAUGACUCGGUAUCAACACUGAAAAGUAAAGUAUGCACUAUUGAGAACGAUUUAAGCGCUAUGAAACAGACAGUUUUUGAUGUGGAGCAAAGUGCUGCAGCGACUGGUCAGAUUUUUGACGACGUUAAAAAGACAGCAGAAAAUGAAUUGAAACUGUUAAAACAUGAAGCUAAGACUAUGCGCGAUAAUAUUAACAAAGAGUUAAGCUCGAUGACACGACAAAACGAGGAACUACAGAGGUCAGUCACUGAUUUAAAAAGCAGGUCAAUGAGGGACAAUCUUAUUUUUAGUGGCAUUCCAGAAACACCGAAUGAAGACUGUGAGGCAGUUGUUCAUCAAUUCCUCGUAAACAAACUGAAAAUCCGGGAUUACAUAUCAUUUGAACGGGUACAUCGCAUGGGGAAACCCGAUGAAUUUAGAACAAGGCCCCGGAACAUAGUCGCAAAGUUCAGCUUUUACAAGGAUAGAGAAUUUGUCCGACGACGGGCACCCCAGAAGCUAAAACACACACAAAUAUGGAUUAACGAACAAUUCCCACCAGAGAUAGAAGAGAAACGAAAAAAACUCUACCCUGUUAUGCGAGAGGCUCGACUUAACGAUAGACGUGUCAAGUUAGUGGUGGACAAACUGUACAUAGACGGCAGUCUAUACGUCCCCAACGAAAACAAUGAGGAAACGCUCGGUGCAGAGGGUGGAGCUAACCAAGGCGCAGAGAUGUCCAGCGAGGCACACCGCGGUCGCCCCGUCCCGAAUCGUAGCCGACGCGGAAGUGGCCGACGUCCAGCGGUCAAAAGAUUCCGUAGAGGAUCAACGCCAACACACUAG